AUGGUCAAGCAUCAUCUCAUGAUCGGCACUUGGACGCCGCCGGGUGUGAUAAUCACGGUCGCGUUUGACGAUGAGACACUCAAGCUGGAGCUGGUGAAGAAGACGGAGAUUCCAGAGGAUGAGCCCAUAAGUUGGAUGGCUUUCGACCACAAGAGGAAGAACAUCUACGGUGCUUCGAUGAAGAAAUGGAGUUCGCAUGAAGUCAAGAGCCCGAGCGAGAUUGUACACACUGGAAGCUUUCCCAUGGGCGGACACCCCAGAGCAAAUGAUGCCGACACGAAGACGCGUGCCAUCUUUCUCCUUCCCGCCCAGAAGCCCCCAUACGCUGUAUACUGCAACCCGUUCUACGACUUCGCUGGCUACGGCAAUAUCUUCUCGGUCAACCCUUCAGGACACAUCAAAGAGAACAUCCAGAAUUUUGAGUACUGCGAGAAAACUGCGAUCCAUGGCAUGGUCUUCGAUCCCUCAGAAACCUACCUCUACAGCGCGGACAUGUGGGCAAACCGAGUAUGGUGUCACAAGAAGAUAGACGAGGAGGGUAGACUGGAAACAGUAGGCUUCACUGAGGCUCCGGCGCCGAAAGACCAUCCACGAUGGGUAGAGAUGCAUCCGUCUGGAAACUACCUCUAUGCCUUGAUGGAGGCAGGAAAUCGGUUGUGCGAGUAUGUAAUUGACCCGCAGACGAAGCUGCCCGUCUACACACACAAGACGUACCCGUUGAUCCCGCCUGGUAUCCCCAAUGCCAACACCAUGUACCGCUCGGAUGUUUGUUUCCUCACCAAAUCCUCAAACUACCUGUUCGCGACUUCCCGAUCCAACUCCUUCUCUCUCACUGGUUACAUUGCCGCCUUUAAGAUUGCUCCAUCAGGCGCCAUUGAGCGACAAAUCUGCCUCAACCCUACACCGACCUCUGGUGGUCACUCAAACGCUGUAUCACCAUGUCCGUGGUCGGAUGAGUGGUUGGCGCUUACAGACGAUGAGAAGGGCGGAGUGGAAAUAUACAGAUGGCAUGAUGAAUUUUUGGCACGGGUUGCGAGGUUAGAGAUUGGCGAGAAGGGCUUUGGCAUGAAUGCGAUUUGCUACCCCACUGCAACAGACAUCAUGGCAUCCAAAUCAACACCAGGCAUUUUGUACGUGACGAUGCAACCCAAGGAGGGCUUGCCUGAAGCACAGUUCCAUGAUUGGUACCAAAACGAACACGGCCCAAACCGACUCCGCCUGCCCUUCUGCAACAACGGUUUCCGCUACCGCGCCACCGACCUCGAGAAUGCAUCUGGCUCCAAAGACAAACCAGAAUGGAUGGCCAUUUACGAUUUCGACGAGCUCGAAUGGCUCACGAGGGAACCGUACACGAAGCUUCGGAGCGCACCGGUGCAGACGCAACGUGAACGAGAUACCAUGAAGCAGAUAUUCGUGGACAGACGGUCGUACGACUUACUCGGCGAGUGGAAAGGCGAGGACUUCAAGGACCUGCAGAAAGUAGAAAACGAGGGGGAGAAGAACGUGAUGAUAGCUGUAAGCUUUGCGCUGCAAGACGGCGCGGACAAGGAAGAAGAGCUGAAGAAAUGGUAUCACGAGGAGCAUGUACCGCUCCUGCAGAAAGUCCCAGGCUGGAGGCGGACCAGGAGAUUUGUUACAUCCUACCUAGAUCUCGAAAGCGGACACAAGUCAGAGAAAGAGUUCCUUGCGCUGCAUGAGUAUGCGCCGCAGAAUGGACUAGGAGGGCCCGAGUUUAAGGCUGCUACCACAACGGAUUGGUGCGACAAGAUCUACAAAGAUGUUGUGAAGGAACGGAAGAGGAGGGUUUAUGACUUGUACUAUACGUUUGGGGCUGCGCAGCGCGACCUACAAAGUUUGACAAGCAAAGACACAGCACCAGUGGAAAGCACAGAAGGCAAGGUUAAGACAUAUCCAGCGCACACGACAUCAGACAAGCGACCGGUGAUUGAGAGCUUCAUCACCACGAAAGACGGUGUGGAACUCCAGUACCGCCUCGAAGGCUCUAGCGAUCCCAAUGCGCCUUUACUCGUUCUCUCGAACAGUAUUCUCGUCGAUUAUGGUAUUUGGGACGACUUCGUUGCCGAGUUUUCAGAAGCUACAAACGACAAAUACCGCAUCCUCCGAUACAGCACUCGUGGACGUCAUACGCUUCCGUCAAGCUCUACAUCUCCCAUCUCAGUUCACACCCUCACAGACGACGUCAUCGCAGUGCUCGACGCCCUCCGCGUUAAAAAAGCAUCUAUCGUCGGUGUCUCUCUUGGCGGUGCAACAGCACUCAACGCAGGUCUCUCUUACCCGGACCGUAUCUCAGCAUUCGUAGGCUGCGACACCAAUGCCUUCGCCCCACCUUCCAACGCCAAUGCCUGGAACGAGCGUGUCGGCGUCGCUGAGAAAGAAGGCCUAAAAGCUGCAUCCGGCGAACCCAUUGUUGGCGAAGAACUCGCAGAAGUGACAGUCCGCCGCUGGUUUGUCAAGGAAUCUUACGACGAUGCGGAGCUAGCGAAGAAGGUUCAACGUGUCAAGGACAUGGUCAAGACGAAUUCUCUGCCUGGUUUCCGCGAUUCUGUCAAGGCGCUGCAUCAGUACGAUAUCAGGGAGAAGAUGGCUGGGUACAAGGGCAAGGGCGCGUUCUUGGUAGGUGCUGGCGAUGGCGUGCUGCCUAAAACCAUGAAGGAGAACAUGGCGGAUAAGCUUGGUAGUGGUGUUGAACUGAAGAUUGUUGAUGGUGCAGGACAUUUGCCAAUGGUAGAGAGGCCUACGGAGGUUGCGCAAUUCGUUGCGAAAUUUCUAGAAGGUUAG